GGUUAAAGAGAACUUUAUUUUGGGACUUAAUAGGAAAUAGGAGCAAAAAUGGGGACCAUAAUGCAAAGCAAACUUUCCCGUUUCCCGCCGGCAUUAGACCGAUGAACAAACAACCACUGUCACUUCCGAAACCGAAAAAUUCCCAAAUUCUGUAGAUGGAAAACAAUCAAUUGCAAUUGUUUUCAGAAUCCGGCAUUUAUCAGUUAACCUCAAAUGCCUUCUUUAUCGACCCGGUUCGAAUUCUCAACCGUUCUUACACCCGGUUUAGGGUUUCGCCUUCUACGUACUACUCUCGCUUCUUCGAUUCCUCAAACUCAAAACAAGUUCCAAAAGCUUCCGAAGAUUCUAGAAAACGAAAACGUAAACAGAAGAAAAAGCUUCAAUCUCUCAAUGAACGCGAACAAAGCGCUGAUCGUCGUCAUCAGGAGGUGAAGCCGUUAUUAUUGAAAGCGCAUAAAACUCUGCUUGAAGCUACUGAUCUUUUGAAAGUUUUGAGGAAUUUAAGGAAUGAUGGAUGUGCUGUGGGGGAAUGCAAGGAGUUGUCAGAGGAAAGUAGUGAGCUUUCGUUUAUGGAGCUCGGAAGUGUUUGGCAAGCUCCAUUGUAUGAGAUUGCUCUCAAUUAUCAUCAAGAUGAUAAAACUUUCCACAAUGGAGGUUCAACACUUGUUCAGAGUAUUGAGCAAAGAGUGACCCCUGUAUUUAGUAAUCUAGUCGCCAAUGAGGGAAGCUGUGAUAUAGAGGCUGAGCUUUUUAACCACAAGUUUAUUAUUCCCAAAAGGAGUUGUUUCUAUAUGUCUGAUUUGCGGCAGAUUGAGAACUUAAUCUCAGCUGAUUCUGAUUGUGGCUUCAAUCUCAUAGUCAUAGAUCCCCCUUGGGAAAAUGGCAGCGCUCAUCAGAAACUGAGGUACCCAACUUUGCCUAACCGAUACUUCUUAUCUCUCCCCGUCAAGCAACUUUGUCAUACCUAUGGAGCACUUGUUGCAUUGUGGGUUACCAACAGGGAAAAGUUGCGAGGUUUUGUGGAGAAUGAUUUAUUUCCCAAAUGGGGAGUAAAAUAUGCAGCUAGCUUUUACUGGUUGAAGGUUAAGGCAAAUGGGAUGAUGACUGGUGAAUUGGACCUCUUUCAUCAUCGGCCAUAUGAAUGCCUUCUUCUAGGAUACUGUGACGGAAAGGAGACCGAUUCUGACAAUAUAACAAGACUGAAUCCUAUACCAGAUAAUCGAGUAUUCGUGAGUGUUCCUGGUGAUUAUUCAAGGAAACCCCCCCUUGGAGAGCUGCUUCUGGAUUAUGUGCCGGGGUCUAGGCCUGCUCGUUGCAUUGAACUAUUUGCUAGAGAAAUGAUACCCGGCUGGACUUCUUGGGGGAAUGAACCUCUUCAUUUUCAGGAUUCAAGAUAUUUUGUUAGUAAGGAAAAAGAAAAAUAAUGCAUCUGGUUAGAAACGCCUCUUAUUCAGAAUUUUCAGUCCAGUGAUAUGGUAUCCUGAAGGUAUCCCUGUGUUGGUUUUAUCCUUCCUGCAGAAGAUGCAAGAGGCAUGAAAGUUAUGCUUUUCUCGCCUUAUCACUUUUCUCCUGAGUAAUACUUGUUAGAUGAAGCUUCUUCAUGUAUUAUUUGCUUAUAUAAGGUUCAUGAACUGUGCAAUGGAUCGAUGAAUUCAGAUGGUUUUAUCAUUGGCGAUUGCUUGAACGUAGAUAUUUAUAGACUUCAAGGAAGUUCCAGGUGGCUUGAAAUGUCAGCUGACCAGUUCUGCCUUUGGUGCGUACAUCAUUGAGAUCUCGUUGCAACGGCCAAUGUCAAAACAGUAGGAAUGAUGGAUAGCUUGCAUUAUAUGCUCACGACGGAUGGUUGUUUGCUAUAAAAGUUCAAUCCGCGUUCUUCAUGGAGUACAUACAUUCAAGUCAAACUUCUCCGAGUUCUUGAAUGCUCCUUGGUAGCCUAGAAGCGGAAAAAUCGCUAUGUUUUCAAUUUCUACUGGAAAAGUAAGUUUUCAAGAUUGAAGGUUAUUCAUAGUUGAGCCUUUGUAAUAGAAGCCAGAGUUGCUAAGUUCUAGUGUCUGGCUCUGUAUUUUUUGAUGAGUCAACCGUCUUCAGACAAGUGGUUGAUAUUUAGCGGAAUGUAGCGAAUCAUUUCUUCCCCUUCAUUGUAGUGGCCUUCAGUUUUUCUCAGUGGAAAACAUUUGUAAGAUAUUAUCAUUUUUUCAUCAAUUUCUGUUUUUUUA